CAAACGAAUCAGCUGUCCCGAUCAGACUCAUCAUCCGAAUAUUCUCCGUCAGCUGCAAGAAGUUUGUUGCGCCGCUCUCGCUCGAUUCAACCCUUUUGCCGUUGCUUCUCGUUGCACAAUCGACUCGAUCGCCAGCAAUUCCGUAACCCUAGUUCCUUCCCACUUCCGAGCUCCAUCGGCAUUUGUCCGCCUCCAUUGUUUAUCUCAUUUCUUGAGGUUUCCGAUUGCAAUGCCGCAGGCCGAGAAAUAUCUCGUUCACUGAUGAAGAACUGAGGGCCCGAUCGCCUUGGGCUCUGCAUGGGUAACAACUGCGUCGGUCCGAACACCGACGUCCGCGGCUUUUUCCAAUCUGUCUCUUCCGCAUUCUCUCGUACUCGCCUCAAUGAAGCACGCGAAUCCCUCCCUGUCCCCGCUUCUUCGUCUUCCAACGAGGCGUCCAAAGAUGUAUUCGCCCAUAAGCCCCCUGAACCAGUCAAAAUCCCUGAAGAGGAGAUCAAGCCGCCGCCGCCGCCUCAAUUGCCGUCGAAGUCCAGGGCAGAAGCAGCACAGGCAACAACAACGGUGGAGGAGGAAACCAAACUCCCAGAACAAUCGAGGGAGAAGAAGAAACCUAGUUUGGUUCAACGAUUGCGCAGUGCGGGUCUCCAGACGGAUUCCGUUCUCAAGCGCAGCACGGGGAAACUCAAGGACGUAUACAGCAUCGGAAGGAAGCUUGGCCAAGGGCAGUUCGGUACCACUUACCUCUGCAUUGAGAAAGCCACGGGAAAGGAGUUCGCUUGCAAGUCUAUUGCCAAGAGAAAGCUGCUGACGCCAGAGGAUGUCGAAGAUGUCCGCCGUGAGAUCCAGAUCCUGCACCACUUGUCUGGUCACCCAAAUAUCAUCUCAAUUGUUGAUGCUUUUGAGGAUGCUGUGGCCGUGCAUCUUGUCAUGGAGUUGUGUGCCGGCGGAGAGCUUUUUGAUAGGAUUAUUCAGAAGGGACAUUACACGGAGAAAGCUGCGGCAGAGCUUGCUAGGGUUAUUGUUGGGGUCGUGGAAGCCUGCCAUUCGUUAGGGGUGAUGCACCGGGAUCUCAAGCCUGAAAAUUUUCUCUUUGUCAACAUGAUGGAGUCGUCACCGCUGAAGAUGAUUGAUUUUGGGCUAUCAAUCUUUUUUAAGCCUGGGGAUGCCUUUACUGAUGUUGUUGGGAGCCCAUACUAUGUAGCACCUGAAGUGUUGCAGAAGCAUUAUGGACAAGAAUCAGAUGUCUGGAGUGCUGGAGUUAUGAUUUAUAUUUUAUUGAGUGGUGUUCCUCCAUUUUGGGAUGAAACAGAACAGGGAAUCUUUGAGCAAGUUUUGAAAGGCGAUCUUGACUUCUCAUCAGAGCCAUGGCCUGAAAUUUCGGAAAGUGCAAAGGAUCUAAUUAGGAGAAUGCUGGUGAGGGAUGUCAAAAAACGUCUAACUGCCCAUGAAGUUCUAUGCCACCCUUGGACUCAAGUUGAUGGAGUUGCCCCAGAUAAGCCUCUUGAUUCCGCUGUUCUAACUCGCUUAAAACAAUUUUCAACAACAAAUAAGCUUAAGAAGAUAGCAAUUAGGGUUAUUGCUGAGAGCUUGUCAGAAGAAGAAAUCGCUGGUUUGAAAGAAAUGUUCAAGAUGCUUGACACAGACAAUAGUGGCCAAAUCACAUAUGAGGAACUCAAGUCUGGUUUAGAAAGAGUUGGCGCUUUUCUCAAGGAAUCUGAAAUUUUAGCUCUAAUGGAAGCUGCUGAUAUUGAUAAUAGUGGCACCAUUGAUUAUGGAGAGUUCAUAGCUGCAACAUUGCAUCUAAACAAGGUUGAGAGGGGAGAUAAUUUGUUCGCAGCAUUUCAAUAUUUUGAUAAAGAUGGCAGUGGCUACAUCACUCAAGAUGAGCUCCAACAAGCUUGUGAGGAGUUUGGUGUAGGAGAUGUCCAUCUUGAAGAAAUGAUUCGAGAAAUAGAUCAAGAUAAUGAUGGAAGAAUAGAUUACAAUGAAUUUGUGGCCAUGAUGCACCAUGGAAAUGCAGCGUUAGGGCAGAAAGAGCCAGCAAAAUAACUCAGAGCUUUUGUGUACAGUAACUUCUCUCGGCCCUCCUUCCCCCACCUCCUAGCUUUUGCUAGUUUGUAAAAUUUGAGUUGCAAAUAGAGUCUACAGGUUGUUUUUAACACGAUUUGACAUAGGUUGGGCUUCCCUGCCAUUUCUUCUGUACCCAUCCUGUCUUUUGGUACCUGUAAUAUAAUUAUCGUGUCAUCAUGGAAACCUGCUUUGUGUUUCAAGCUAGCAAAAGAGAUUUACUUGA